ACAGUUGAUGUUGCUCGGUUAGUAAAGAUAGAAAACGCAUUCCAAGACUCUAUUGUUGUCGAUGGCUGGGGUUGGGAAGAGACCGAUUUGGAAGAUAGUGGAGAUGAUAUGGACAUCGGCCAAUGA